CCUUCUACUUCUCCUUCCGUUUCAGCCUCUCCGGAAAAGACGCCGCCCGCGGAGAAGCCUCCCGCCACAGAAGCUCCGGAUGAGUUUGUGGACGACUUCCGAAUCGGGGAGCGUAUUUGGGUCAACGGGAAUAAACCCGGCUUCAUCCAGUUCUUGGGGGAAACCCAGUUUGCUCCGGGCCAGUGGGCAGGGAUCGUGUUGGACGAGGCCAUUGGCAAGAACGACGGUUCCGUAGCCGGAGUGAGAUACUUCCAGUGUGAGCCCUUGAGGGGCAUCUUCACCAGACCUUCUAAGCUCACCCGGAAGGCCGUUUCCGAGGAUGAAGCCAACGGGACCCAGGCGUCUCACGCCUCUCGGGCCACGUCACCCACCUCCACCUCGGCGGCCAGCCUCGUGUCUUCUCCUUCGGCAGCAGCCCACCUCCCGCCCACCGGCAUACCUCAGAAGAUGUCUCCUCUGGCCACCAAGGAGACGCCCGCUUCUCCCGCGACCAACCUCUCCAAAACCACCAGCGAAUCCAUUUCCAACCUUUCGGAAGCUGGCUCCUUGAAGAAAGGCGAAAGGGAACUCAAAAUGGGAGACAGAGUCCUGGUGGGGGGAACGAAAGCCGGCGUGGUGCGUUUUUUGGGGGAGACGGAUUUCGCCAAGGGGGAGUGGUGCGGCGUUGAAUUGGACGAACCCCUGGGCAAGAACGAUGGCGCCGUUGCUGGAACAAGGUACUUCCAAUGCCAGUCCAAAUACGGCCUCUUUGCUCCGGUGCACAAAGUGACCAAGAUCGGUUUCCCGUCCACCACUCCGGCCAAAGCCAAGCCCGCCGUCCGGAAAGUCCUCCCCACGCCCACCAGCCUGAAACGCAGCCCCAGCGCCUCAUCCCUCAGCUCUCUGAGCUCGGUGGCCUCUUCCGUAAGCGGCAAGCCCAGCCGCGCGGGACUAUUGACAGAGACGUCCUCUCGGUACGCCCGGAAGAUCUCGGGCACUACCGCCUUGCAAGAGGCAUUGAAGGAGAAGCAGCAGCACAUCGAACAGCUCCUGGCCGAACGAGAUAUGGAGAGGGCGGAAGUGGCCAAGGCCACCAGCCACGUUGGGGAGGUAGAACAGGAGCUCGCCUUGGCACGGGAUGGGCACGAUCAGGCCUAUGUGCGGGAAUCUCCUCCAACUGAUUGUUUGCAUCUGGCAAGCACGGCCAAAUUAGGAACCAAUGAAGGGAAUGGCUCUCCAGGUCAAGAAGGUAAAGAUCACCCACACUUGACCCUUACAGGCACUCCUUGUGAAGAAAUCACAAAAAAAGCAUUCUCCAAUGGGUUUGAGAGAAUGCAGAAAAAACCACAGCAAACUCCACCAACACUUGAUAUCUCUAUUAUUGCUACUGUUGUUCUUUUUCUUGUAUUUGAUGUAUCGGUUAAAUUUUUUAAUAUUCUUGAAUUUUGGUUUGAUGCAAUACAUGUACCAACGUUUUCAGUGGCGGUAUUAUUUGACACCAUAAGCAGCAGUGUCAGUCCAUAUAUGUAUUUUAUUAUUGGAGGUUUUCUGAAAAGGACUUAUGAUCCUUUUGAUGUUUUUCUUGAGAGAGCUUUGCAAGAUGAAGAAACAAUAGUGGAGGGAACACAAAUGCAGCAAGAACAGCUUUCCGAAUGA